AAGUAGCAUGCUAGGGUGUAGGUUCCUGCAAAAGGGGUCAUUGUGCAGAGAGGAUGUCUGAUUUCAGUACACCCUUACGCCCCGUGACCCUACCUUUACCGAUGGCACCUGUGAAACCUAGAAGGGGUCGUUCCAAAUAUGGUUUAAUGAGGAGCCUCUCCUACUCUCCACCCACGAGCCUGAAAAAUGGACAAGAUCUGGACUCCUGUGCCACUCCUGAAGGAGUGCCUGUGAAAACGGAGAACAGAGACCCUCAAGAAGUAGAGUGGGAAUCUGAGAGCCGAGAACCACCAGGAACAGCCCUAAAGCAGAGAAACAUGAGUUCAUCAUCAUCAGAGUCUGAAACAGAAGCUCCUGUGAAACCAAAGCUGCGUAGGAAAAAGCAAUGGGUUAGGAGCAGACCCCACUUUGAUUGGUGUGAUGAGCAAUGUUGUGAUAGUUCAUGUGGGGAGUAUACUUAUUCUGAUGAGUGUGGGUGCGGAUCUGAGCUGUGGUCAUCCAGGCCAAGGGUAUCCUAUUGUGUGCUCAAAUGCUGCAGUUCGAGCGAAGAUUGGUCAUCAUGUGAAUGUGAGACGCCGAGUCCUAGCCAGACUCAUUACUCUUAUUGUAGGGCUGUGUGUUUCACAUCAGCAUCUGAGAGUGAGGAGGAUGUCACUGAUGGAUGUGUACUUACAACACCUGCAGAGAAAACAGCAGCUGAGGAGCAGGACGAGCCGGCUGAAGAACCAUCUAUGGGAACUGGACCCCGAGAGUCUGAAGAGGCGGUUGUGGAAACUGAGGGGAGAGAACGAGUACCCCCCAAUCCCAGAAAUGCCAGGAACUUUGAGAACAUGCAUCUUGGCGAUGUCAACGUUUCCUGUAUCACAUGUGUCUGUGCUGAAAACGAUCAAUAA